UCACAAUGAUUCUCAGUGCUCUUUCGCCUGCUAGGAUAUACGAGUGAGCAGUUCUCUUUCCCUCCAGAAAAGCUGAGAACUGGUCUAUUUGGAGUAAGUCGACAUGGCCCACAAGGCGAAGCCGAAGUUAAAGCCGAGUCCGACCCAAUCGACGAAAACAACACAGAAGACCAAAUCAAUUCAGAAGACAAAAACGACAAAAGAGACAACAACAACUGAAAAUGCAAACAAGAAUAACUUGACGCCAUCCUCAUUCACGGAGCCCGUUCUUCGAGUUGUCAGCCCUCCUUCAGCUGGAAAAGGAUCUAAAUCACCCCAGAAGCCACAGCCUGACGAAGAUGGAACCACCAAAACACCAAUCGUUGUUUUCCACAAACAGGAAAAGGAGGACAACAUUGCCGACAUCAUCGGCGUAAAGACUCUUACCAUGUGGAAGAAAUCCUCAGGACGAAGCAAAUCCUGGGCAAACUGUCGACGAACAAAACUAAGCCAAGGUGACUUAGAGCUCCUGGCGCAGUCACAGACACGCUCAGUUUCUUUCGGGUGGCAAUUCUCUAGUAUGGUAACACCAUCAUUGUUUGCUCGAAGUCACGGCAUACGUGUCAAUUCGGAACCCACACAAAAGCGAUUGUCAACCGCUCGGACAUCUGGGUAUCUGGCUGUAGACCAGAAUCGAUAUGUCCCACUCCCAAGAGGGCGUCCUGUAUUUGGAUGGGCUAAACGUCAGGGGAGUGAACAUCGAGCUGAAUUGGGGUUCCUCCGUCUCACAAUCAACCGUGAGGACGUGAACCUCACACGAGAAGCAUACCUUUCGGAAAUCGAUCUCUCAAAAUCAGACGCGCCUGGUAGCAAAAGACCUUGGAGAGUUGCCGGGAUUCAGUGUUUUCCUGUUUUGCGUUUUCUACGGAAUGAGAGUCAUGCCGAUGUUUACUUGAUUCAAAAUCCCAACAACCCAUUCAAAUUGUACCACGCUCAUGCUUUCUUGAAUGAUGGUUUGUCGGGCAAUUGGUCUACAUUUGCGAAGAGGAAGAUGAAGCACCUGCGGGGAAGUCGAGAUUUUCUUACUGAGACUAUUCAACGAGGAAGGGUUAUCAUUAUCAUGAAGGCCGGUCCAAACGCAGAGGAGUUUCAUCUCAAUAAUACGCAAAAGGAGUUUCCACCAUUGCCAGGUAUUGAUCCGAAGUCUGUAAAGAUUCGCCCAAACAAAAACAGGAUUUCUUAUGCUGCCGUGGUAGGGCGGAACCGAAGUUCGAAGCAUUGUCUUGAUUCUAAUCAUCGAGCAUACAAGGCUUGGGAGAACCGAAAUGGAAGAGGCAAGACGAAGGCAAUACCCAAAGUUGUUCCCAGUCGUGCCAUUGAAGAGAGCCAGUUGGACACGAAGAGCGAGGAUUUCUCUGCUUGGGUGACGGUGGGCAGGAGGAGGCUUCAGGGUAUCGCCCUCCGCAAUCGGGGUUCAAAGUUGUCAAAAGUUAUUAUGUAAGAUCGUUUUCCAAGUCAAUGGACUCUCCAUUUCUGUCAACUUAUCUUUGAGAACUGAUAUGUUUUGCCAAAUAUGUCUUGUGGAAGAAUUCAAGCAGUGAUGACAAAUUGCGUGAUAACU